UGUGCCGAACCUUUAAAGUUUAGAUAGUAAGUAUAAAAUAUUUAAUCUUCUGGUUCAUACUUUUGUAUUGUAAACAUCGCAAUGAGGACUAUUGGUGUUAUAUUAAUCUUAUUUUUAACACUAUUGGAGGUCAAGAGUAGAGAAAUAAUUCGCCAGAGAUCAGCAAGUGCUUGCUUUCAUACUAUUAAAGACUUUUCUGAUGAUCCUUGGUGUGGAUAUGAUAAAGAUUGCUAUGCUCAGGGAAAAAAUGCUGAUUGGAUCAGGGCAGAGCAGUGUGAGCGUAAUAUAGGUAAAAGACCUGGAUUUUGGAAAUUAAUUAAGGGCAAAUGUCCAAAGGACAAACGCAUAUGCAACUGGGUCCACUGGUAAUUGUCUAGAUCUAAAAAUCUGGGAUCUGGUAAAACCUAUUGAGGUUCAAAAAUGAAUUAAAAACUAUUAUGAAAAAAAUAUAUACAUAGAUGAAUAAAUA